CUAUCUUUUUAUUUCCUUUCAAUUGCUUAAUAAUGUGAUCGGGCAUAUAAUUUUAUCUGUCCCUUCUAUAUCUAAAUUUGAAUUUCUCUGUACUCUCUAUUGAGUUAUCUAUCUCUCAUUUCCACAACUAAUUAUGGCCAAGUUUGAGUGCACAUUUUGAGAUGGUAGCUAACUUGCACACUUUAUAGUCAUGUCCCAUAGUAUCAGUUAUGCAAAUGAUAAGCAUAAUAUUCUAUCCAUUAUCUAAAUAAGCAAAAUAUUAAUCACUUUUUCUGUUUUUAAUCUCUUAAAAGUUUAUAAUUAAUUUACUAUACACUUCUCUGAUACUUAGCAACUUGCAAUCCUUGUACAUUCUCUUCUGAUACCCAACUUUGUCUUUAAAUAAUGAGUCAACGUCAUAAUUGACAAAGUCAAAGGUUCAAUUUCCGCGUCCCUUCGAGAAUCUUUGGCAUCAAAAUAGUAUCCGUUUAUCUUUGUUUUCCCUUCUUUCUUCACACACAAUUUAUUCGUAUUGCAUGUAAUAUAUAAAGGCAGCCAGUUCAUACACAAAUAUUCCAACAAAGGCUAGUAGAUUAUGUGAACAAAAAGAUAUUGAAGCAAAAUGCAUUACCUUUCAAGAAUUUGGUUAUUCUUUUUCUUACUCACCCCUUUUGUUCACAUUUAUGGUAUCAAAGAUGAGACUAAGAAUUCAGAUAACAAAGUCAUAUCCAUUGGGGUGAUUAUUGAUGUUAAUUCUCGUAUUGGGAAAGAACAAGAAGUAGCAAUGAACAUUGCAGCCCAAAGUUACAACAACAUUUCAAAGAACUACAAGUUAGCUCUCUAUUUUCAGAAUUCCACCAAGGAUCUCCUCAAAGCCAUCACACUUGCUGAAGAGAUGAUUAAUAUGCAAAAGGUGCAAGUGAUUAUAGGGAUGCACACAUGGCCAGAAGCAGCUAUAGUAGCAGAAAUAGGAAGCAAAGCUCAAGUACCUGUCAUAUCCUUUGCAGCACUAACCAUAACCCCGCCAUUGAUGAAAGUUAGAUGGCCUUUUCUGGUGAGACUAGCUAACAAUGGUACACCAUAUAUAAAAUCCAUUGCAGAAAUAGUGCAGGCUUAUAGCUGGAAGAGAGUAGUAGCCAUCUACGAAGACGAAGGGUAUGGUGGAGAUAAUGGAAUGCUAGCCCUACUAGCUGAGGCCCUUCAGGAUGUUGGUUCAAUGAUUGAGCACCACUUAGUCCUUUCACCAAUUUCUUCUCUACAUGAUCCACAAGAGCUAGUUAGCGAAGAGAUUAUUAAGUUAAAUCAAACGCAAUCUCGGGUGUUCAUUGUGCUGAAAUCAUCUUUAGAAAUGGCAAUUCAUUUGUUCAAAGAGGCUUCAAAAGUUGGACUAGUGGAUAAAGAAUCAGUUUGGAUAAUCCCAGAGAGCAUAACUAAUUUGCUGGACUCCGUCAAUAAAUCUGCUAUUUCCUAUAUGGAAGGAGCUUUAGGAAUUAAGACCUAUUAUUCAGAAAGAAGCAAGGAGUAUCAAGAAUUUGAGGCUCAGUUCAGGAGAAAUUUUCGGUCCAAGAAUCCCGAAGAAGAUAACCGCUACCCAGGAUUUUAUGCUCUACAAGCAUAUGAUAGCAUUAACAUUGUAACUCAAGCUAUCAACAGAAUAACCAAUAGCAGCUCAAAGACUUUACUAAGAGAAAUACUGUCGAGCAAUUUCCUUGGUUUAAGUGGCCAUAUUCAACUUGAAGCUGGCCAACUCAUGCAGAAUAAUCUUGUCCUAAGGAUAGUAAAUGUAGCUGGAAAGAGUUACAAAGAAUUAUGCUUUUGGACUCAAAAACAUGGCUUCACUACAACCCUACAUGCAGGACAAGGUGGAAAUACAGAAUGUCUCAAAGGUGUACGCUGGCCUGGGAAUUUGGACAGAGAUCCAAAGGGCUGGAACAUGCCUACUAAACAAAACCAAUUGAAAAUUGCAAUCAGAAGCAGAACCUCAUUUUCCAAGUUUGUCAAGGUUGAGUAUGGCCAUAACAAAACUCAUGAUAAAUAUAGUGGAUUCUGCAUUGAAAUUUUUGAGAAAGUACACAGACUUUUGGGGUAUGAUCUGCCAUAUAAGUAUCAUUCCAUUGAUGGAACCUAUAAUGAUUUGGUUCAGCUUGUCUAUAACAAGACUUUUGAUGCUGUUAUUGGGGACAUGACUAUAAUAGAGGAAAGAUUGCAGUAUGUGGAUUUUACAGUACCAUAUGCAGAAUCAGGAUUGUCAAUGAUAGUUCCAGCAGCAUCUGAAGAGUCAGCAUGGAUGUUUACGAAGCCGUUUAGCUGGGAAUUGUGGCUGGUUACAGGUGCAAUCACGAUUUACACAAUGUUAGUUGUUUGGUAUCUUGAAAGAGAACCCAAUCCAGAAUUUCAUGGAAACUGGAAGAUCCAGCUCAGCACAGCUCUUUGGUUUACCGUCUCCUCUUUGUUCUUUGCUCAUAGAGAAAAAAUGCACAGCAACUUAACUCGAGUGGUGAUGGUAUCGUGGCUGUUUCUUGUAUUGAUUAUCAACUCAAGCUACACUGCUAGUCUUUCUUCAAUGCUCACGGUCAAAAAACUGCGAUCGAAUGUCACAGACAUUCAGUGGCUGAAGGACAACAACAAGAAAAUUGGCUGUGAUGGCGACUCGUUUGUUAGAACAUUCCUAGAGAAAGUUGAAAGGUUCAAGCCAGAGAACAUCAUAAACAUUACCGAUGAAUACAAGUACGAUGAAGCAUUCGCUAAUAACAGCAUAGCAGCUGCUUUUCUUGAGCUCCCAUAUGAAAAAGUAUUCCUCUGUGAAUACUGCAAGAAAUACACUGGAUCCACUCCCAGAACUAGAUUUGGAGGAUUAGGCUUUAUGUUCCAGAAAGGCUCUCCGGUGGCUAGGGACGUGUCUAAAGCUAUAUUACAUCUCUCAGAAAAUGCAGAUCUGAAGAGAUUAGAAGAAAAGUGGUUAAUUACCUCACAGGAUUGCUCCAACAACGCAACAUCCUCCGACGAUAUGGGAAGUUUGAAUCUUAGAAGCUUAUGGGUGCUAUAUGUCAUCUCUGGUGCUACUUCUACUAUUUGUCUGCUAAUAUCAACAAUCAAGUGUCUAAAACACAGUCAACCACAUGAAGACUUGCCAUUGCCACCAGAAGGCAAUGACCACACAAGUGAUGAAAGUGUGUGGAAAAAGGUUAUUACAUUAGCAAAGCAGGUUCGUAGCAAAAAGCUCAAUAAUCCAAACAAGGCACAAGAUGUAAUUGACUGUUUUUCGAGAUCAGGUCAUGUGAGCAUCAAUGAUACCCCUGAACAUUCACAGGAAUUGGCUAUAUGUCAUCAGAAGAGGUAAUGACAACAAAUGACAUAGGAACCAUGGAACCACAUAUACUUCAAAACAAUUGCAAAAUCCGACACUGUACAUACCCAUGUUAGACUGUGUUACGAUAAAGAAUAAAGGGGAGUUAAAGUAGCUAGGAAUAGUUAGGGUAGCUAGUUACUUAGAGGGGAGUCAAUUAACUAUUGAAAAAAAGAUUCAUAUCAUUCAACAAAAUUGUUAUUUCCCCCUGUUUGUACCUAUCAAUCGCCCAUUUCUCCUCUUCACGUUUGUAACAAUCACUUCACAAAUACAUUUUAUAUUUUAUAAGUUUUUACUUUUAA